AUGGCGGGCUUCCCGCCCACAGCAACAAUUACAGCACAAUCAUCGGACAACAGCUCAGCGGCGUCCGACAAUGCCGACGACAGUCAUCUAUCACUUGAAGCGUGGAUGUCAACCUUCACCACUACCGGCUAUCACAGCUUCCUCCACAAGCUGUACGACCAAGAAGCCAGGUCAUGGUAUUACAUCCUGCACUAUCAGGGUGACCUUCCUCUCUCGGCCCUUUCGGAGGAGGGGAGACAUUUGUUGGUGAUGAUCCAGCCUGAGAGACUAGUUGUCGAAAAGAGCGUUGGGCAAGAAGAGCGCCUCGCAGAAAUGAGGCUCGAGAUCUGGCCAACGAGCGCGAAAAGCAUGACGAGCUGCCAUUACCGUUGUGUAUGGCGAGUACCCGUCGCUGUCCUCCAGGCACUGGAGGAGGUAGCUGAGAGUGACAGCCCGAAGGACUCGGGGUACAACUCAGACGCUACCCUUGAUAGUGCAAGGGAGAACCUCACGCAGGAGGCGAAGGAGAAUCGGCAAUGGAAAGGGAAGAGGCUGGAGGCGGGGACGGCCUUCCAGAGCUGGAUGUCAGGGGAACUGGCGAAGGAAGGAGGAGAAGGCCAGAGCGAAGAUGAGCUUCGAGACGUGGCAGAGGGAGACCACGUUGGCGACGGAGACGUGUUGUAUCUGAUGCGGACCCUCCCUCUUUGCUUCCAAGCUAUCCUCUGGGACCGCCCUUCGGUGACAGGUGCAUCCUACUCCAGGUGCACGAGAGGCACGUCAGAAUGGCACAUUCAGUUGGGGCUCGAGCGAGACGCUGUAAUGUCCGCGGGGGCAACAGGAGCACGGCGAGAUAUUGGGAAGCUAGGUGGGGCGGAGGCGGAUGUCAUGAGUAUCAGACGCGAACUGCAGGUACUACACAUGCUGGAAGAUAUGGUUGUGCAGCGGCCGUUUCAACACAACAACCUGGAGGAGACGCUAUGGAGCUAUGCGCAACAGAUGUGA